UAAUAUAAGAACGAAAUGUAUAGUAAACUUCCUUCUCUCUCCGAGAGAAAAGAAUGUGUGAAUCAUAUAUAUAAUACUAUAUAUGGUGUGAAUGGAUUCAACUACUUUAAUUCCUCGCUAUAGAUAAUAUAUAAAAACAAAGUUUUAUUUAUAUUAUCACAAACGAUUCUGUUACUCCUGGUCAAAGUGGAUAUAAGCCAACAUGACCGCUCCGAUCAGCACUGCCAUGGACAGCUUAACUGCUGCUCUCAAGUCCAAUAUUAUUCCCAAUCAAGAGUAUCUACUACAGGGAUCCGUGUUGGAUUCCUCCGUAGAAGUAUUGCUGCAUAGACUUCGUGGUUUAUGUGACAACGUAGAUCAUGGACCAGAGGGCUUCUACGACCAUGAGAUGUGUUUCAGCAUCCGCAGAAGUACUCCGCAAGAACAACCGUUACUACUGCGAGUGCGACGUACUCUAGAUGCAAGCAACGCGGACAUGCCAUGGCAGUUACGAUAUAUUGGCCAACCUGAACUAGGCGACAAAUCUCGACCCACGAUUGUUCGCAGUAGCAUCGACAUUGCUACUAGUAACACAGUAGUGGAGUUUCUCACCGAGUUGGGCUGCAAGCUGGAUUUCGAAUAUGUUACUCGUGGCUACAUGUUUCGCAAAGGACGAAUGAAAAUCACUGUAUCAAAGAUCUUCAAGGUGAAUCAAGGCAAGGUACCAGAAGGGGUGCCGGAAAUGAUUUCGCAGAGUUAUCUGGUUGAGCUCAGUGUAUUAGCUCCUAGUGGACAGGAUGCCAUAGCAGAGGACAUGAGAAUAUUUGCGGAACAGUUACGACCUUUGGUACAAUUGGAAAAGAUAGAUUAUAAGAGAUUAGUUCACUAAUUAUGAGAUUGUUUUCUCGCAAAGAUCGUUCUUAUGUAAGGCAUCUCGUGUAGUGCGUCGAAAUAUGUUUAUCGAUAGCAAUUUUUUAAAAAAAUAGAGAAUUUUUACAUUAAACAAAAAAGAUAA